AGGUUACUCGAUAUUUGAGUGUUCUGAAGCCAAGUGAUCCCGACCCAAAAAAACGCUUACGUGUUUUCAAACAAAGGCUGCAGUCGUUUGAAUUACUACCAUUGAGAAAAAGGUAAAGUGUUUUCAUAGGAAGCAACAAGUUAAAACAUUUUAAACGCCCGGCAAAAAAAUCCUUUUUCUCGUAAGCGCCUAUUGUACUGAAGAUCUCCAAGCCAAUUGCAUUUUCUAGUCUUUGUCUUAUCUUACCAAUGACCAUAUUUAGUCUUCAGAUGUUUUUUUUUUCGACGCUCGAACGCAUGCCUAUGUACCGCUCACUCCCUAAAAGCUCAUGUUUUGGUUUAUUUGCUACGUACAUAGUUUUUAUUUUUAUGUUUAAAAUUUUCAAAAGUAUGUCAAGUUGUCAAAAAAUGAAGAACCGAUAUUCAUGCAUCAGUACGUAGGUGAUUAUAUUCGCCAUGAAGAAACGAUUAUCUACUGUGUGCUAAUUUCGUAAUGCAUCAUACUGGCUCUUCAGCAUUUCUUAUCAAGUAAAUAAUUUGUUGAUAUGUCCUCACACAUUUCAUUUUGCGGUUAUCUUACCAUCAUUUACCUUCUACAUUUUCGAGACCCCAAGACAGACAUAGAAAAGUUGUAUUUUACCUCAAUGACUGAUUUGUUGAGCCGUGACCGAGCCUGGGCUCUGAAUCAAAGUUUAAGCACCAUCACGAGAAGCCCGCGUCUUCUUUGUUUUAAGCUUUGGAUUACUCCAGCACCGUUCUUUAAACUGCAUCAAGAUGCCUAAAAAAUCCAUACAUGAAAUAAUAAAAAACCCUCUCCCUUAAAUAAAUGAAUGUAAGAAAUAUUAUUCGACCACCAUAAAUUCAAAGUUGUAAAUCACCCAUUUGUUUCACUUGAGUCAUCGAGACUUUGUUAAAAUUCAAAACGUUUGGGCCCUCGAAGAUCUUCACUCGCAGCUCAACACCAAUUGAUGAUAGAUAAGUGACAAGCAGAAAUUUUCGAUUGACUUUCUCAGCUAGCUGUUAUGUAAAGUCGAUGCUUUGGCAGUCAUAAUUGCAAUGGGGUAAUCAUUUGGCGGGAUGCCUGUGAGUCAGUGUCUUCUCUUAUUAAUCGCUUCGUAAAAUAAAGCAAAGCGGCUAUACAUGUUCUUAAAUCUCAUCUCAAGUCAUACAAAGUUUGUUAACAUUCAAAGGCAAGAGGUUUCACCGCCAGUCUUAAAAAUACUGUCUUCAUUACUGAUGCGAUCGAGACUAUUAUCAACCAGACUUAUCAAAACCUAAACUACAGUGAUACAUUAGACAUUAUAUGAUAAAGGUAAUAUUUGCAACCCCAGUGAUUGAUGGAAAGCAAGCAUUUUUUUUUACCCUACUUAGCAGGCGUGUUAACAGGUCAAAGGAAGGGCUGUGUAUAAUACUGGGACGGGGACAAGGGGACGGGGACAUUGGGACGCGUGUGUCAGUGGGGACUUGUGACUCGGGGACUCGAGACGAGGGACUUGAGAACAUCAAGUAUGAGACGCGGGGACGUAGGAGGUCAAAUACAAGGACGCGGGGACGUUAAUGAAUAUUGCAAAAAUCGGAGGUAAAUGUGAUAUCUCUUUCUUCGUGAAAAGGUGUUAUUUAUGGUCAACAUUAGAUUCUAUCGUCCAGAACCACAUUGGACACCUUAUGAUGUUUACACAAAAUAUUUCGUCGCGUUAACUAUCCUGAUUAGGGUUGAUUUCCAGUGUCGCGUAAUUUUCCCGUGCGUACGUACGUCAAAUUUACGUUCGCAAAUUAAAUAGAGGCAAUGUAUGAAAGGUCGCACGUAAGUGUAAAAGUAGAACCUCGCUCAACUUCACGUUUAAUCUCGACACUUUAUGUCUUGCCUCGAUUUUAUUAACGUGAUUAAAAUUUACGUGCGUUAACGUGCGUAGCCAAAAAUGCGUUAGCGGAAAUCAACCUUUAAGUACUGUUGGCAGGCAUUUACUGUUAGGUUCGCAAAUUAAAUAGAGGCAAAUUAAAUAGAGGCAAUGUAUGAAAGGUCGCACGUAAGUGUAAAAGUAGAACCUCGCUCAACUUCACGUUUAAUCUCGACACUUUAUGUCUUGCCUCGAUUUUAUUAACGUGAUUAAAAUUUACGUGCGUUAACGUGCGUAGCCAAAAAUGUGUUAGCGGAAAUCAACCUUUAAGUACUGUUGGCAGGCAUUUACUGUUAGGUUUGCCGCUAAAAAUAUUUGAAACAAAAUAAAUAUUGUUACAAUAGUUGAACCCCCCGUGGUGUAGUGGUACAGGCGAUAGAUUUCGGAGCUAACACUUCGGGAUCGAAGCUCUCUCUUAUGCUACUUAAUUUAGUUUCCUUUUCUUAUUUAUUUGGAAUCGAAUGCUGUUAUUCUAUAUAAAUUUUGGCGACCGCAACCUACCCUACCCUACUUAGGGCUCCAAUAUUCCAUCAAUAGGAAGACCAGGACAGUGGUUUCACUUUCUUCAAUGCAGGAGGUCUUCGCAGAGUCUUUGCUUCGUAAACAGGCAUGGAGGAACCGUAAGAAGGGUAGGGCGGGCUGCCUUCACCAAAACAUAUUCACGAGGAAAGUGACUGAAAUCGCAUUUAUCGCAAUAAUCAUUCACAUCCGGCGGCCCCCGCGUCCCUGUAUUUGACCUCCCGCGUCCCCGUCCCACAAGUCCCCGCGUCCUAUACUUGAUGUCCCCAAGGCCCUCGUCUCGCGUCCCCGAGUCACAAGUCCCCACAUACGCGUCCCAAUGUCCCCGUCCCCUUGUCCCCUUCCCAGUUUUAUACACAGCCCAAAGGAAGUCAUCUUUACCUCCCUGCUAAUUAACCUGUUGGUUUACCUGCCACAUACUGGGUUACAUUUUAAAUUGUCUGUAUAUUAACUUAACAUAAAUGUUUUAUUUUAGUUUAUAUCGGUAAAAAGGAAAUUAUAAGGUUUCCAUUUUCGCUAUUUAUGGUCCAGAGCAGUGAAAUGGCUCUUUGAUGAGCUUGUUUGGUGAAACAAACAUAUUUCUAGUGAGAAUUUCCUCAGAAUUAUGGCAGUUAAAUUGUAGGCACAAAAAAGUAACAAAAUAGUGUAAAGUUUUGUUAUUGUUACAGGGCUGUUUUGAUGCCCAACUUGUAUAAUAUAUUAUCAAUGUUUGCAGCUGCAGUUUGCUUAGAAUCAACACGAUCGCAUGCAUAUACCCUGGGUAGCUAUAAUAGGCACUAGGAACAGUCAGCAAGAACUUUCCGUAUAUUAAUAUUGUAGCAUGAUGUAUUUACUUGUGAAACUUACGUGAGUAUUUUCUUCUUUGGUCGAACCUAGAAAUCUCCAUUUUAUUUUGCUUUUUUCUUUAACAGAGGCUGUUUUGAUCCUAAACUUGUUUCAUAUAUUAUACUCUUACUCUACUGCCAUCUCGGAUAGGAAACAAUAUGGCUGCGGGCAUGUGGCUUGUUUACGUUAUCUUUCAUAGAUAACGAACCGAGAAGGAAGGAAGUUAUAUUUUUAGUGAGCAUCUUCAUCCAAAUUUCCACCAAAAAAUGGUUUUUUUAUUAUCUGUUGUUUCCUUAUGACUUAAUUUCUAUUUGUCGAUUUUCUCGAAGUAACCGUUAUUGUACAUAACACCACUGUCAUGUAAGGGGCUUAAUCGCGAGCAAUUACCAAAUAAAGGACGCUUGGUACAAGCUUGGGAAAUAAACCAAUUCACACCCUCAUGUUAAGCCAUCUUUAUGACCAAUAAGCUUGCGAUGUGGCAAAUUGUGUUUAAUUUCCCAGCACGCACAUUUACAUAUUUUCCCAGCUGCUGGAAGUUAUACUGUCAACGAAAAAUAAGCGUUUAUGCUGACGACCGAGACCUACAAAUCAACCAACAAAUUUUUAAAGAUGAGCUGAUUUUAAAACUCGACACUCAAAGUAAGUAAAAUUAUAACAGUCCGUUAACUGACAAAUCAAAACGAAGACAGUGCUUAAUUAUUUUGGGCAGAAGGACCCAGAACAUGUUUAGGUAUAGUCGUAUUAAGAUUCAAUAACAAUCCCAGAUCAGUUUAAAAGCUUUUUUCUCAGUUCAUUUGCCUAAAUCAGCCUACUAGUUCUUUCCAUUGCAGUACGAUUUUCUUGGGCUUUCUCAGCAUUUUAGUUUUAUUAUCCUCAUCGCCAACCACGUACUUGGUUAUUUUACCAGUAUAACAAAAACAGUGAUCUCUAACGCUGUUGAGUGGUUUCCGGAUUCAGGCAUUUUUAAAGUCCCAACAAACGUCGGACGUCGGUGUUCCUCCAUAGAUACAGCCAAGACUCGUGUAGUUCACAGUGUUUAAAUGGAAGAAAUUCCUGAAGUGUAAUUGGCAGUUGUUAAUCGUACACGGGCCUCUACAAGUAUUUGCAUUUGUACAAAACCAUUCCGUAAUUAGUACAGGCGAAGACUAUACUGGGCCAAUACAGAAAAAAAAAAAAAAACUCGGCGCCGGACAACAAGAAUAAUUUUUUUCUUUUUGUAUGUUUUCUUAGUAUUCUUUGGUGCACGUUAACGUUGGAAACUUUGGCAAGCAAAAUGAUGAAAAACAGUUUUUUGUAACCGGUGGCAAUUUUAAGUAAAAGUAAGCACUCUGCAUGACAACUUUUUUUUUUAAGGUAUCCAUAUCCGAAAAUAAUUUACAACCCAGCAUAAAGAAAUUGCUCACUGAAAGAAAAAUAACAACAAAUAAACAUCAGCACUGUCGGUCACUAUUUCCUUGUUUUGCUGUUUUUGUUGUUUUCUCCUCCCUAUUUAAGUGUGGAUGAAUUUUUCAUGACUAUUCUUGUUAUACAAGUUUGGAUAAUCCGAUCUUCUUACAUAUCUAUUUAUUUCGGUAUUUAUUCAUAGGGAAUUGUCGUUUGCUAAAAUUUGAAUAGCGUAAACACAUUUGACUUGAAUUUAAUAGAAUCGUCACAGCCCAGGGCUAUAGAAAUACUGCUUGCAAACAAAGCAGGAACUAAGACAAUUUGAUUGAAAAGCAUAUAAAUCAAUUAACUGUUUUUGCCCUCGGAAAUUACCCGCAGUGUAAUCGCGGAGAUCGCUAAAUGAAUUUCAAAAUCACCGAACAGUUCAAAACAGUUUCACCAGAAAUUAAGGCUGAUUUUACGAUUUGUCGUAAGUUCCAACAAAAGGUGCAUAUUUACAUCAACCGUGGAAGCUAAUUUGGUUAAAACCGACCUAUUUAUAGGAAAGAUUUUCACCUGGUAAAGCCUUCCGAUGUUGUAAUCAGCUGAAUGUAACUGAGUACAGCAGGCAAAAGACACUUUUCAAAUAUAAUUGAAACAAGUUCUAGUAUUUUGAUUGAAGUUUACUUCUUGUUACACCUCAUGAAUGAAGCGAAAUCAAAAGUAACGCCAAAGGCGCUGGACAACAAUUUUAAAAGAAAUUUGUAAAUUUAUGGUAAUGCAGGUGUCUGGGCACACAAACGAUGAAAAAUAUUUAUCUAUUUUCGAUGAGUUAGCGGCGGAAAACUGCUGCACCUAACAGCCUAAUAAUAAGGAAAUAUGGUGCGGUACAUUUUCACACGUUUUAGAUUGCUUUCUGUAAUCAGUUUUCGAUUCUUUUGAAUGAUUAAUUCAAUCACUUUAACUUGUUCAUUCUGCUCAAUUUCAAAAUCUUUGCGGUUUUAUCAUUCAAAAUAGCCAUUUUCUAUAUAUUAUCUCUGUUUAAAUUAACAUCAGCACAAGAACCUUUACAAAAACAUGAUUAUACAUCAUAUUAAUUCUACUCUACCAAUUCCAAGGAAAGACAACGUUUUCCAAAAAGUUAUUAUGAAGAACUCUAUUUUCGGCCAUUGCGGGAUUACAUAAAAAGUUUAACUGUUGUCGUUUGUUUUAUUCUCUUUUAUUUUAGUUCAGGUUUUAACUUACCGCCUAAGGAUGUUAUAAAAUAGCAUUUCCAGACCCUAAUAUAAUUAUAUUCCAUUAAUUACGCUCAGGCGUUCUUAUUGGGCGUGUUUAAUUCGGUCAAUUCUCGCUAAUUUUACAAAGUGUCACAAAAUUGGUCUAAUACUACAAUCUCGAAACAUUUGGCUACAAGGACCCGAUACUGCCAUCUGAUCAAUAUUUCAAAGGUCUCAUAUCACUGGUUAAGGAUUUAAAAGCUGCCUAAAAUUCUUUCUUACUCUUAAAAUUUUAAUAUUACAAUCGCUGAUCUUCCAUAAGCCAAGUUAUGCUCAUAACUAAUCCCAUGUUGUUAUUCAGUUAGAGAAAAAGAGAAACACCGCCGAAAAGUAGUUUUGCUUCUAGAUAAAAGAAUUUCCAUAAUUCAUAAAGGCGACUGAUUUAAUUCUGCAAACAUUGACAGAUCGAAUUCUUAGCAAUGCUUUAUUUGAACACGGCAUCCUCGAUGUUUACUAACAAAAAAGCCACGACCGUGGAAAAAUAACAGCAGAAACAUUCCAGCUUAGCAUUCCGCAGAGGGUUAUUUCCUGAGCGUGUCUGACUAAACUGCGCGUUUCGCUUUAAAAUAAAUUACACCGGCUUAGAGUUUUCAAGAAGUAUACUAAUUGCAAGUCUUUUCGGAACCUUCAACAUAAGCACCGGAACCAAUUUACAAAGUCGACAAGUCAUUUUUUAUUUCUUUCCGCUUCGUACAGUUUUGCUAGCCUAUAUCAAAAGAAAAACAAUUCUUUAUUUUCGUUAGCUGCCUACAUUUCUUGUCAACAGUAUAUUUGGCAAACGGUGAGCACGUGAUUCGUUUUUUCGAGAGUCAAAACCCACUCGUGCGGUCGAUUGUGAUCACAUUUUUAAUAAGCCCCUUAAUAAGCUGCUGUCUUUCACUUUAAGACCAGAUUAAUGUAUGCGUUGAUCGUUAGUUAUUGAAAACAAAGCGUUUAGCAUGAGUUGCUCCGGAUUCUUUGAGCAGACGGGAAAGAUUCGGAGGAGUUUAAUUCUCAGGCUCUUGGGUCAUUCACUGUAGAUCGCUCUAUGAACCAAUGCGUUUCUGGGAACACUGGAAAACACCGCUUAAGAGAAAAAUUCUACCCCUUAAAGGUAUUUCGAUGGUAUUUGUCUAGAAUUGUUAAGCAUCUGUCUGUUAAAAUGCAACGAACGUUUCCACCUAUACUGUAUUGAGAAAACUACGUCUUGGUUUGUUAUGAGUAAAUGUUAAUGACACCGUUUCAAGGUAUUUUGCUUCCGAAACCACAAUCAAAGUAAGCUGUCAUGAACCUUUCCUUCAUCGAUAAAUCAUUUUUGUUGUCAAGCGUUUUCGUCCUUUGAAUGAUUUGUUGCCAAAAAGGUAAUUCCCGCGAUAAAAUAUUUCCUUGAAACAGCUGGGUUCUAGUGUAAGGUUAGCGUACUGAUAACUUCAGUUGACGUUAGGAGCAGAUUCAUUUGCACUUAACAGUUAGUCGGGUUUGGCCUUUACUGACGAUCUGUCGUGCUUGUGAAGUUUACUUUAUUACGUUUGCUAUCAUCGUGAUUAAAUGUUGACCAUAUGUUGGUGUCAGUAAAGUAAACGACAGGGGAACAGCUCCAAACACAACGACAGGAUUGUCAAAGAGCCUAUUUGUUCCCGAUCGCCUGAGUCAUGCGUGUCGGCAAAAAGAUCCCAAGUGGCAGAUUGUUACUUUUUUCAUAUUAUUUUGACAAUAAAUACUUUUGCAUUCCUUCCUAUUUACAGAGACGCAAUUUGAACAGUGUUUAGUUCAAAGUAAAUAGAUAUAGAAGAUAUAAACUCCCUUGACAUGUUAUCCGCUCAUUUGGGUCGAUGGUGUAAUUUUGAGGCAUAUUACUGUGUCACUUGGGCCUUCUAAUAUUUGCCAAGACUGCGGAUACCUGUCGUAAUUUUCAAUACUAUAUAGUAUUAGGUAAAAAAAAAUUAACUAGACCCAUAAUUUGUUUGUAUAUAUAUAUUUUUUAUAUUUUAGUCUUCAAGAAUUUCACAAAGAUGAACAAUUCCACAGCCGAGCAAGUGGAUUCGGGCUUCACUUAUAACACCAGCGCAGGCAAUAUUACCGCAGCAUUUUUCGUUGCCGUUUUAAUGCUGCUGACUUUGGUAGGAAAUGUCAUGGUAUGCGCCUGCUUUUAUUAUUACCACGACCUAAGAACAAUAUGCAAUUACUUCAUCAUCAGUUUAAGUGCGGCGGACAUCCUGGUAGCGCUACUAGCCAUGCCAUUCUGGCUGGUAUUACAGUUAACAGACAUGGAUGAGAAAUCCAAGGGUGUGUUUUCAGCGGAGCUGUACUUGUUCUGGGCCAUUAUAGACAUCUUGGUUGGUUCAGCCUCCAUUAUGAAUCUUGUUGCCGUAAGCUUUGACCGUCACCUGGCGAUAACAUCCCCUUUUUCCUACAACGAAGUAAUGACUUCCUCUAGAGCUACAGCCAUGAUAGUUGCUCUAUGGGUGUUCUCUCUGGUACUGUGUAGUCUUCGAGGUCUUCCAAUGGCCAGUACAAGAUCGUUCCUCCUUCCAUAUCAACUUGUCGUCGUAGCCGUCAGUUUUGUAGUUCCUCUGUUGCUCAUGACCGUUAUGUACAUGAAAAUUUACUUUGUGGCAAGGAAUCAAGCGCUCCGCAUUGGACGAAACUUCGCGAAAGACAUGAAGGCAACCAAGACUGUAGCCAUUGUUAUUGGCGCGUUUGUUGUUUGUUGGAUGCCUUUCUUCGUCAUUGUUACCAUAUACGCGUUUAAUCCUCUUUAUUACGUACCCAUUGACUUUUAUAAGGCAAUCAAGUGGAUGGAGUACCUGAACUCCUUCUUGAACCCAAUCAUUUACACAUGCUUAAACCGUACGUAUCGUCGAGCCUUCAAGAAACUUCUUAUUCGUUCCACCUGUUGUAAAAGGCUUGGCCCAGGUUCCGAACCUCUCAGUUGCGCUCACUCCACUAAGAUGUCAUUUCAUAAAACAAAAGGAGAGUCACUGUCACACAGUUCUUCUUCUAUUUCUGAGAAUGGAAAUGUUUGUCUCCACAGAAAAGACAGUGCAGAUACUGGAAACAACACUCAUGCUUGUCGUGUCUGAGCCACACAAGCUCCUCC